CAUUUUUGGACUUCGUCUUUGGCUUCGCACCUCCUGCUUCGGCUGAAGCCCUGCACCUGUUUCUGAUGAUGGAAGCUGGAGCUUGUCCCUUUCAAGAACCUGAUCCCUCUUGAUCUCUCUGCUGUAACUUGACCUAACAGUUCCAACUAGCAGGGUUUGAUCAGCAAGGAUGGACCCUCCUCACCAACAGCAUGUGAGACAUGAGACCCUCCUCACCAACAGCACAUGAGACAUGAGAGUCAAGCAAAUGAAGCGCAAGGAGAGCAGAAGGGACAGGGAUGUGAGAGCUUGCGGAGGACAGUCUCCAUCUUAUUGUCUGUUGCCGUCUCUCUGUCUCCCUCUCUGUGUCUGCCUUUCUUUCUCUCUCUGUCUUUGUGUGAUGUGUUCAUAUCUGUGAUGUGUCUGAAAACUAGGCAUGAUGGUCACGUGGGCAGCUCUGCCAGGCCAAAGUUAACCAGUAAAACCUGUGGAUCUGUGAAGGGCACAUGCAACUGAUCAGAGAUGAAAGAGUGACUUUGACUUUCAUAGGGGGCUGGAGUCAGGCGAAAAGGGUGGUGCUGGUGGGCUGGUAGGACAUCUUUGAAGCCACUGCAUUCACAACAGCUGGGUCACUUUCACAUGACAUAAUUCUGAGUUUAAUCCAUCUGGCCUCAGGUGGGAAAAAGAGCAACCUAAGGUUUUAGGUUUAAUGACACGUCGUCUGCUUUAUUCCACUAUUAAACAGGAACUACCACUUUUAAAGUAAGCAUAUCCGAUUUUACUGUCAAAUUAUGUGGGUCACCACACGAGUGCAACAGCUAAGGAAAGUUGCGUGGGAUUUUCAUAAAUGGCAUAUAAUAAAAGCAAGAGGUGUGGGUCAAAGUAACUAAACUCAAUCAGACCCUUCCCUCCUUAGCCCGGUUAUACAAGUAUUUUGUUUGAAGUUUCGCAAUGAAUACCGACAGCCCUGUUAGUGUGACUUCAUAUUAGGGCUACGACGCUACAACAGCAACUCAAGGUGCGUCACAUACAAUUAUAUUUUGCUUUCGGUUUCAUCACUUCAGUACUGUUAUGCGAUCUCUCAUUGUCCUAUUACUUUUUUUUUUUUCAUUUUUUGCAUGUUAAUCAAAUGUAUAGAUAAUGUAUAGAUUUAUUCAAAGACUCAUGUCUUGUUGAAUAAAACUUAAAUUGGAGCACAAGCAUUCGCAACAAUAAUGCGAUAGCUCAGGAGUCUACUACUAAAGCAGACUACAUAUUUAAAUUCAUCUAAUAAAAAAUACGAUAGAUCUAUUUCAGCUGCACUUUACAGAGAUCUGCUGUAGAAGAUGAAAUGCAAAUUCUACAGCGAUCUUAUCUGUGUAAAGCUUUUUUGUCCAAACUUAAACAUACAAUUUUUUUAACAUCUUGAUAUUUAUAACCUAAAAUACCGCUUGUGUUAUUUAUGUAGAAUACUUUACGACUCGCAACACUGUUGAACCAGUGUUGUGUAACUGGCAGACUAUGGCUGGAAUAGGAGUGUUGAAUUAUCACGUUUCUGUAUCUGAAUAGAGGGUGACUGGUCUAUUCUUUUCGUGAUUAGCAUUUAAACAAAAGCGGACUCGUGGAAAGUCACUCAGUGAAUUACCGCCAAAGGGUGGGUUCCUCUGUUACCACGGUGUUACAUAAAUGAAAGUUAGACUACUGGUUUGAAACAACAGGGCUCUGUAAAGUUAAGUGUCCCAUUAUCAUUGGGCGUUUGGGCUAUCUUUGAUCUUGCCGCUCCAUGACCGAUGAAUCCCGGUGUGAGGAUCCCCGAAGUCCGUCACGCCCUAAUGUAAACUAUUUAAUGUGCGAAACGGUUAAUUAAGACAUCACAAACCUCGGCUCCCAAACCAGUGAUCCAAGCCUCAUGAUAAUGAUAAACGAAUUAUCACUCUGAUUUGAAAAUAGGGACGGGAUCCUGGUAGAUAUGUCUACAGCGAAACUGUAUUUGCCUAUAAGGUUUACUAGACUAAAUGUAGUCCUAGAAAUAAUUUUAUUAGGCCCAGCCUAUAGGCUAAAUCUACGUAAUGUGGUGUCUGCCACACUAUCCCGCAAAAGCCUACUAUUUUUCAACACCGAUCAAGUUUGUAGCUCACUCUUCCCCAUAUCAGUUUCAUCAGUCCUUCAAUUCGGUCGGGCCUAUUUAAUAAAGAUAUUGUCUUCUAGCUCUGUGAUUUCGCAUGUGCCCGACAUGCAAAUAGGCUACAACGAAGAUGGCUUUUUAGAAUUGGAUACUUAUGGGUUAUUUGAUUAGGUUCCUAUACACCUAGGUUCUAUGAAUAGAAGUGAUCAAGGUGACUGGCGAACAACACUCGAGAGAUGGUCAUCUAUAGUCUUAUUUAUAUCAUGUAUAACAACAACAACAAUUAUUCUUUUUGGUGGUGGUGGUGGUGGUAGUAGGAAUAAUAGCAGUAGUAGUAUUUUUAUUUGAUCUGAUUUACACUAUAAACUAGAGUGGAGUGUCUUUAAGCAUUUUUUCAGUCACCGUUAUUGUAUUUUGUUAUACAUAAGACACAAAAGCGAGUCUCGCUCUGUAAAAUCGUGUGGAUUAGGAAACGGGCAUUUCAAGGCCAAUAAAACUACCGCAUCAAAUAAAACAUCGUGGAUCAAAGGAUCCAAAGCACGAGCGCUUUUUUUCAGUAAAUUAAAAGGGUGGAAGGAUGUGGAGGUCUCGUCUGACCGCGCCCCAUGGCCUGCCCUCUCCCGCUAUUGGUUCUAAGAAAUGGGAAGGGGUAAACGUUUAAACAAAACCCAGGCCGUAAUUUACGCACAGGUAUUCGCGAUAGCAACUCUACGCGACGAGGUGGUACGGCUCAGUACAUAUAUACGGUGAAUCUCGGACUACUGGAAACGAUUGAAGGUUACUUUUAUAUUUUUACAUGCAAGAAAACUGCAAUAAAGAAGUCUGUUUAGUGAGAACAUUCGUUAAUGGUAAUAUUUAGCUCAGCUGAGUGAAAUCACCUGUUCCACUGAGGAACGCCAGCAGCUGGUCCUCCUGGUCCCCUACAGUUCAUUUUGAAUGAAUUGCUUUUUUUGAACCGGCAUUUUAACAUUAAUUAGACGUGUAACCAUUUGAGGGAGAUGCACAAGAAGCGUCACCAGAAGAAGAUAACGGUGAUGAAUUUGAUACAUUCCGCGCUGAUGUUGGGACUCUUGCAAUCCGGAGCUCUUGGCGCGAGAAGAUUUCGAGGAGGUCGCAACCCCCAGUUGCGACGAGUGCUGUCUUCCGCUCCCUACCGAGAUCGUGGAGACACAACAGAGAGCUUUUCACUGGAUUUCACGGCAGUUGAAGAAAAUAUGGACAGUUUUAUGACUCAGGUGAAGAACUUGGCGCAGUCUCUCUACCCGUGCUCUGCGCAAAAGCUUGAUCAUGACAUGAAGUUGAAUUUUGUGGAAAAUACAUCCGUCACUUGCAACGACGGAACUCCAGCCGGGUACUACUUUAAGGAGUCAAAGGGAAGCAGAAGAUGGCUGGUGUUUCUGGAGGGUGGGUGGUACUGUUUCAACAAGGAGAACUGUGACAGCCGAUAUGAGACGAUGAGGAGACUCAUGAGCUCUUCAAAAUGGCCUCAGACCAAAACGGGCACAGGUAUUCUGUCUCCACUCCCAGAGGAAAACCCUCACUGGUGGAAUGCCAACAUGGUGUUCAUUCCGUAUUGCUCCAGUGAUGUGUGGAGUGGAGCCAUUACAAAAACAGAACAAAAUGACUAUGCCUUCAUGGGUUCUCUCAUCAUAAGAGAAGUGGUUAAGGACCUGCUGAGUAAAGGUCUGGACAAUGGCAAGAUUCUUCUCUUAGCUGGAAGCAGUGCGGGUGGUACCGGGGUUCUUCUGAAUUUGGACCCUGUGGCUGAGCUUCUGGAAGAGCUGGGUUAUCCAAACAUCCAAGUGAGGGGUCUGUCUGACUCAGGCUGGUUUCUGGACAACAAGCAAUAUCGCUUCACUGAUUGUGUGGACACCAUUAGCUGUGCUCCUAUAGAGGCUAUCAAGAGAGGCAUCAAGUACUGGGGAGGUGUGGUGCCCAAGCGCUGUAGACAAGCACAUGAAGGGAGUGAAUGGAAUUGUUUCUUUGGUUACAGAGUUUACCCCACGAUUAAACGACCUGUGUUUGUGGUGCAGUGGCUUUUUGAUGAGGCCCAGCUGACUGUGGACAACAUCCACCUCACAGGGCAGCCUGUGCAGGAGGACCAGUGGCGUUACAUCCAGAACCUUGGUAUCGAGCUCAGGAACACCCUCAAAGAUGUCCCGGCUAUGUUUGCACCAGCAUGCCUCUCGCAUGAGGUCAUCACCAGAAAUUACUGGAUCGACAUACAAGUGAAAGGGACUUCUCUGCCCAGAGCGCUGCACUGCUGGGACCGCAGUCUGCAUGACAACAGCCGAAACAAUAAGGCCCCACCCAGGGGUUGCCCCAUGCAUUUAAUUGACAGCUGCCCAUGGCCCCACUGCAACCCGACAUGUCCUACUAUCCGAGACCAGGCUACAGGACAGGAGAUGAACGUCAUCCAGUUUCUCAUGCACAUGGGCUUUGAUGUGCAGAAGAUGGCCCAGCAACAGGGUAUGGACCCCAGCAAGCUACUUGGCAUGCUCAGUAAUGGCAGCUAAACCUCAUGACCAUGGGAGGAGCUAUUCCAUGCCUGGGUGGUACUUCCUGUCUGGCUGUCUUUAUAAUACCUCUGAACAAUGACCUUUGUCCCUUGUAGCCCUAACAUGCCCCUUAACCUUCUUAUAAACCCCUUCCUUCCCCCAGGAUCACAUUCUAGUUUCACUGAAGGGCUCCUUUCCUUCCUUUCAUUAGCAUUGUCCUUUGUUGAAGCUGGUCUAAUAAGAGUGUCAGACUUCUGCUUUGCUCUCAUGCAUCCUAUAUAUUUGAAGGAGUUUGAUUUGAAGGACAGGGAGACAUUAGAGAACCCUUGAACAAAGAUUCAGAUUUAGGUAGCUUCUGUCAGGUCCACCUCCGUGAAAGACAUUGGCUGCUCACUUUGAAACUAAUCCAAUCCAGUGCACAGCUGCAGAGGAGACUUUAAUAACACCCAAUUCGAGGCAUACCUCUUGCCUCUUAAAGAAACACCAAAACCUCACCCCAGAAUGCUAGUGAAGGCUAGCAUUAGCAUGUCAGGACUUAGAAAUGCUAAAGACCUCAUAAUAUUCCUUCAGGGCACAGUUGCUAACUACAGCUAAAACAAAUUUCAAACAUAACUACUGUGUGGGGUUUGUUUUGUGGUUUGGUUUUUUUUGUUUGGUUUUUUUUGAGUAGUAAUUUUCACUUGUUCCUCAUAUUCCUCUAGUUUCUCUGAACAUUCUAGACUUGUGGUAAUACCUUUUUGUUUGAUUAAUUUAUUUUUGUUUUGGUAGUACACAAGCUUCUUUUGUCUGUGUAGACUCUCAGUAAGUUGAGUCUCACGUUUGACUUUCCACCCCCAUUUCAAACUGUGUGCAAUGUUGGUCUUGGAAUAGUCUGAGACCUUUGCUCUAAAUUGUAUAGCCUGUCCAACAUUCUACUAGUUUUCAUUCAUUUCUAGCCACAUCAACAUUUUUGGGUGACGUGUUCUUUAAUUUUCAAGUAUGAUGAAUGUAAUCCAGUUUUAAGGAUUUUCAACCUUGUUCAUAUUUUUACUUUUUUACCAGUCAAUUGAAAGAGAAGAAAGUACAACACAGUGGUCAGGGCUGAGAUAUAGUUUAGCUAUGUAGUUAUAUGAUUAGAGAAUGAUGGCUUUAAGGAGUCUUCUAAAGAAGCACAUGGGGCACUGGAUCAUCAACUCUGUAUAUGAAGGCCUGAAACUAAGCUUUGAUCCAUAUUUAAGUGUCUUGGAGUAAGUGCAUAAGUUGGAUAAGCUAACUUCCAUUCAUGUAAUUAUAUUAAUUAAAAAGUACACAAAAAUAGCACUAAGGUUAAUGCUAUAUUCUGCCAUUCCUUGUUACACAAAACUGGGGGCAAGAUUGGAGAGGAAAGGGGGGGGGAGUGUACUUCCACAGAUGACAUGAGGAGAACAGUAGGCAUUUAGAUGCCUAACUGCAGUUUCUUUGUAUCACUGAAUUAUUUGUAUUUUUUGGCCAACCUUUUCUGUUUAACAAAUGUGAUGAAACCAAGCGUUGAUGGUGGGAGUUUCAGUCCUGCUACAAAGUGUAAUUAAAGAGGCUCCAGACUCUCAAUCAGGAAGCCUCUAUAUGAAGAGGAUUACUUUUCAUAUGCACGCCAUACAUCAAAUGGGUCACGCACUGUGUGAAUGUCUUUGGAGGCAGGAGCUUUAGAGAAAGUUUUCAAAGGAGGCUUUUGGGUUGGUUAUACCAGUUUUCCAAUGGAAUAAAGAAAACAGAGAAAAAUAAAUAAAUAAAUUGAAUUUCUCCUCUGUUUGCUGCUUCCACAGUGCUUCCUUUGCUUGUACAGCCUCCUUUCAGUUCAUACAAGCAUUAGGUCAUUAGUUUAAGCAUAAUUCCAUUACUCAGGUCAGUUUCUGUUCAUUUCCUGAUGUGCCUGAAAAUAGAUUAUAUAAAAUAUAUAUGUAGUUGUAAUUGCAGUGAAGUACACAGAUUUAUAUAUAAAACAAAAUAUUAAACAUGAAUUCUCUUACAAUAUUACUACCACAAAAAUUAAAGGAAAUGUUAACCAAUAUUCAAAUCUUUACCCACAUAUACUUAACUAAAGAUUUAAAGAAUAUGUGUGUUAUAGUAUGUGUACUAGGUCAAGAGUUGUACAGCAUUUGGGAUUCUCAGCUUCAGAAAUAUUCUCUCUUUCCACUCUACAGUCAAGGCAAGCACACCUUAAUUUUUGCAUAAUGGUUGAACAUUUCCUUUCAUUUUAACUCUCAACACAAUGUCAAAAUUCUAUAAGUGCUCAUUUUUGUAUUGUUUUUUCAUAAGCAUUUACCUCUGUACAGAUGUUAUGUUUUUUUAUUGGCUUUCUUCAGUGAGACACUCUGGAUUAUUAAAAUAUUUAAUAGGAAAUUCACUUUUUAAUAUAAAAUUCAUGUAAUUUCAUUUAGGAAAACACCCAUUUCACAAAAUGCAGAGAAGAAAAUGAAUUACUGAUUUAUUUUGUUCUGUAACAUAUUUUUAACAAAGGAACUCAAAGCUACAUUAGUAAUUUACAUAUUUAUUUUAUGUAAGUCAUAUUUAUGAUUUUUUUUCACAGAUAUUUUCACAGAGAAGCGAUUCAUUGUAAAUUGUAAAUAUUUAUAUAUUUUAUAUAUAUAUAUAUAUAUAUAUAUUAUUUUUUUUCCAUUGUCAUCUGCAUGUAUUUGUAUCAGCAGUAACACAGUUAUUACAGUUAUUCCAAAGAAAUUUUUGCAAUUGUGUCCUCAUUGUGUUACUAAAUUCACCUGCAUACACUAGUGAUGUAAGCAUGCAGACUAGUCAUUUUUUAUUUCACAAAAAUAUUAACACAUUUUAUUUAGAAAGUUAUUUUAAAUAACCUAAAAUUAUAUUA